AUGCCACACGUGUAUUUACCCCAAAUAUUGUGGCAUAGCAAAGAUAACAAACGGAGCGACCGAAUUUAUUCUGUGGACAUACAACCACACCCCAACUACUACAGCAUCAAAAAGCUAAACAAGAAAUAUGAGUUAUUUAAAAAAUUUAUAAAGGAUAAAGAGAAUAAAUGUGACACACAUUUUUCAGUGGAGAAUGAAGUGCAGAGGGGGAAUAAUUCCCCCUUGUCUUCCGUUCAUCCAAAUGGCAUUGAAAAAAACGGGGAAGUCCUAAUCGGGAAGGAUAUAAAAUGCAAGGUAAGCAGCGUUCACAAUACGGUGAACCGCCAUAGUGAUGAAAACGGCGCAGAUGAUAACGAAAAAAAUAGCAUAGUCAAGAAAAAUCAUUGCUGUGAUACCAGUUCGGGGAACAGUUCCCCCCAAGAGAAACCCACCCAUGCGACCCUGAAAGGCGAAGAAGAACAUGUAGAUAGUGACAGCCAAGACGAAGAGGAGAAAAAAACAAGAAAAGGAAAAAAAAAAUCCAUCAAGUUUAAUAUCGCCACUUGUGGCGCCGAUGAAUUUGUGCACUUAUGGAGAAUAUACAUAAAAGACGACUUGAUAGUCAAAUGUUUAAGCAGGUUUAUAGGUCAUAACGGAGAAAUAAAUUGUGUCCGUUUUAACAAAAAUGGCAGAUACUUAGCUAGCGGAGGGGAAGAUAAAUUUUUAUACAUUUGGGAAAAGAGCAAAAAACCAAGAAAUAUUCCUCUAGGGUAUGACAUAAGCUUUCUAGAUUAUAAAGAAUGGUGGAACAUAGUGGGAUCAUUCAGAUGCAGUGGAGUUAUUAACAGCAUCACUUGGUCCAAUAACGACACGUUAUACAUAGGAAACGAGGAUAAUAACAUUAACAUAAUCGAAUUUGUUAAAAACUCGAAUUGCAAAGUAAAGGUUUUAGAAGGACAUACAGGAAUUAUCCAAGGAAUAUCACUAGAUCUGAACAACGAAUUUCUGGCUUCUCUCAGUGCUGACCAAACACUCAAAAUAUGGAAAAAAAAAAACGAUGGGAAAUCAUGGAAACUGGAAAAUUCCAUAAAAAAUAUAAAAGCAGACCAGCUGGAAAAACGAUCCACCGCUUACAUUACGUAUGAUGAGUAUGAGUUUAACGAGAAGGGCGCAGACAGGCAUGAGUACUCUGCAACUAAAAGGGACGAAAAGAAAGAAAUACACAGCGGAUCGGGUGAUUUGACCGAAGAAUUCACGAAUGAAAGGAAAGGCGAAGCAGGUGAAGAACAAACGGAGAAAGAAAAAGUCGGGCAGAAGGGAACACUCCAGACGCAGGGGACACGCGCGGAAAAUGAGGACCAUGAAGAAGAUGACGAUGAUGCAGAUAAAAAAAAAAAUUUCGCGCGAAAAGAAGAAAAGGAAUUGGGAGAGAAUGAACCAGAAGAUGAGGAAGAAGAAGAAGAAGAAGAAGAGGAAGAAAAAAAAUUAAAAAGAUGCUUAUUCUCAAGCGAAGAAAUGCUGCCUUCCUUUUUCAGACGCAUUGAUUUUUCCCCCAAUGGAGAAUUUCUAAUAACACCAAGUGGCAUUCAAUUCGAACAAAUUGAAAAGCUUCAUGACAAAAACACAAAGCCAGAAGAAAAUGUAAAAAUCAUCAAUCAGACAAAAGCGUUCAGCUGCUUCUACAUAUAUCAUAAGAAUUUGUUCAUUAGGUACAAUAUCCCAUUUUUUACUGUUUUUUCUCAAACCAGCCAUUUUCUAGUAGCCAAAUUUAAUUAUAACACUUUUAAGUUAAGAACACACCAGAAUAUCCUCAAACGAUGCUACAAGCAUCUGAUGAUCUCAGAGUCAAAUGAUCCAGAUGGAUCUAACAGUGUGAAUAAAAAAAGAAAAAUAUUCGACGAAUCGGGGUUUAUUAACGAAUUAAAAAAUUAUGAACAUUUGAUGAAGCUAAAUUAUGAGAAAACUUUACUGUUUAACGACACUGAAGUGCAAGAUGAUGUUAGCGAAGAUGUUAGCAGCACCAUCUCGGAUAGCGACGUCCAGUAUGAUGACGAGAAGGAGGAUUUCAUAGACUCCACAGGGGACUACUCCUUGUCGAAUAACGUUGACAAGAAUGAAGAGGACCAAAAAGAGAAGGAGGAGUGCGGAGAUUUGGCGGCCCAAGCGGAAGACUCAGAAGAGGAGACGGAGGAGGAUGCCGAUGAAAACGAAGAUAACGAGGACAAAGACGACGAGGAGGAUAACGAGGAUAACGAAGAAAACGGCGAAAAUGAGGAAAAUGACGAAAACAGCGAAACUGACCAAAAUGGAAAAAAUGACCGUAACGAAGGGGGGGCGCGCCUCGACCAAAAGCAGGAAGUCGCCGACAAGUGCUGUGACGAAAAAAACGUGCUGGAGGUUUGCGAAAGGAAGGAGAAAAAGGAGGAGAGAUUCAUUUACUCUUUGGGAACCUUUGACGGAAGCGUCUACUUUUACGACAGCGAAAUUCUGGACACGCCAAUUAGCAUAGUCAAAAAUAUACACCUCUGCCCAAUCACAGAUAUAUCAUGGAAUAACCUGGGGAACAUAUGUGCAUGCUCGAGUUCAGACGGAUAUGUCAGCUUUUACUACUUUGAUCAUAACGAAUUGGGGAAGGUGAAAGCGUACAAUAAUUACUACUUUGAGAAAAAAUGUAACGACUUAACAUUCGAUGAACAUUACUUUGAAAGUACCUUUUACGACGAAGUAGAUUUUUUUAACAAAGACCAGUUAAAUGAUUAUACGUCCAGCGAAGAUGAAUGCGAAGAAAGCAACUUGUCAGUAAACAAAGAAGAAACGAAAGUUCGAAGAAUCAAUUUGAUCGUGGGUAAUGCGGCUAAUUUUGUUCUAGAGCAAAAUACAAAGAAGUGA